GGUUGACUCGACUAGACUUUCAUUCAUCAUCAUGACCGACGUUGUUGAACAGGGCGAGGAAGGUCUGACCAAGAGUGCUCUGAAAAAGAAAGCAAAAGAGGAGGAAAAGGCUCGAAAGAAGGCAGAGAAAGCCGCGAAGGUUAAAGAGGCUGAGCAGGUCAGAGAAGCUGCAGAAGGGCCCGACUAUGCGGCAGGGCACUAUGGAAAGCUUCCUCUGCACCAGUCCCAGUCGCGCCCCAAUCGUAAGCGCACUGACAUCGCGACUCUCAGCGCCAAGAAUGACUCCGAACACGUCCUUCUUCGUGCUCGGAUUCAAACUUCACGUCUUCAGUCAAACAAGAUGGCGUUUCUAAGUCUUCGUCAACGGACCGACACAAUCCAGGCCAUGCUCGCUGUCGACGAUAAACAAGUCAGCAAACAAAUGGUCAAGUGGGCUGCUAGUCUUUCCGACGAGAGCAUCGUCCUCGUUCAUGGGACAGUAGUAAAGUCGCCAGAAUCCAUUAAAAGUUGCUCAAUUGAUGACGUUGAAAUCCAAGUCAGCGAACUCUGGUUAGUUGCAGGCCUUGAAGGUCGAUUGCCAUUUUCUCUUGAGGAUGCAUCCAGAUCAGAAACUGCCCCUGAAGACACCCGCUUGAACAACCGUAUCAUCGAUCUCCGGACACAAACAAAUCAAGCAAUUUUCAAGCUUCAACAUGCCAUUGGAGACCUAUUCCGUGACUACCUCAACAACAACGGCUUCACCGAGAUCCACAGCCCGAAAUUGCAGGGAGCAGCUACCGAAUCAGGGGCAACUGUCUUCAAGGUUGGGUACUUUAAAGGCGACGCAUUCCUCGCGCAGUCCCCUCAACUGGCCAAGCAGAUGGCUAUCGCCGCUGAUUUUGAGCGGGUCUACGAGAUCGGACCGGUCUUCCGUGCUGAGGAUUCGAAUACCCACCGACAUCUUACCGAGUUCAUCGGCCUUGAUCUGGAGAUGACGAUCGAAGAGCACUAUCACGAGGUCAAAGAGCUUCUUGACGGAAUGUUCAAGACUAUCUUCAAGGGUCUGAAAGAGAGGUAUGCGAAAGAGAUCGCAGUGAGAAGAGACUUGACUUUGACAUUUAGAGAAGCAGUGGACCUUCUCGUCGAGGAUGGUGUCGACCGCGGAAAUUUGGAUGAUAUCAACACGGAGAACGAGAAGAGGCUUGGACGGCUUGUAAAAGCAAAGUAUGAUACCGACUACUUCAUCAUCGACAAGUUCCCCCUCGAGCUUCGUCCGUUCUACACCAUGCCUGACCCUAAUGACCCAACUCUCACCAACUCUUAUGACUUCUUUAUGCGUGGCGAGGAAAUUCUUUCCGGGGCACAACGCAUCCACGACCCUGAAUUCCUCUGCCGGCAAAUGAGGGCAAAGGGUGUUGAUCCUGAGAGCAUGAAGGGCUAUAUCGACGGAUUCCGUAUGGGAUGCCCUCCCCAUGGCGGAGGAGGCAUUGGUCUCGAGCGGGUACUCAUGCUGUUCUUAAAGCUGAACAACAUUAGACGCGCCUCCCUCUUCCCAAGGGACCCCAAGCGCCUUGAGCCUUAGAGCAAUCACGAAUGAUACACACAUAGAUUGACACGAAUAAAUGAUAUCUACUGUUUGCCACAUUUGU